GUGGAUACAGGUGCGGCGAAGAGCAAGUGAUUCACCGUGUCUUGGGCAAGACUGCGGAAUACAGGGGCCAAACUUCGCCUUACCUCGCUUGUUAUUACCUCCCCUGCCAAACUUACCCACCUGUCCGAGAGCAUUGAGGGAGAGACCUACGGACGUCAUGUCAUACCGAAAAACAAAUGUCCGGCCUCAUGAUCGCAUUUACCUGCCAGGAGGGCUGAGUCCAGGAUCCCAGAUUAUCGUACGAGGGCGAGUUUCUGAAAGUGAGACCCGCUUUUCCAUUAACCUGCAAUGUGGCGAGUCUGACGAUGCUGACAUUGCCUUCCAUUUUAACCCCCGCAACGACCAGGGGGAUAUGGUGGUGCGAAACACCCGAAGAGGAGGGGCGUGGCAGAAUGAGGAAAGGGACACUCCAAAGUUCCCAUUUGAUAAUGGCCGCAAAUUCACACUCCGCAUCAUCACCACAGCUGACUGCUACAGGGUUUAUGUCAACAAUGAUGACUUUAUCCAUUACAACCACCGCAUCCCACCAAAUGAAGUUUACUACCUUAGUUUGGGUGGUGGAGCUGAGUACUAUGAAGCCCAUGUUCAGAACAACUUUCGAGCACCAUUUUUUGGCCACUUCCCAGGUGGCCUGCGUUUGGGCCAAGCAGUUCGUGUGAGAGGGAUGGCCAAGGACAAUGCCCAGAGGUUUACCAUCAACUUCAACUGUGACCGUGAUGGACACAAAGUUGGGUUCCAUUUCAACCCUCGGCAAGACGAGGAAGAUGUGGUGCUAAACACUAACCUUGGCGGUUGGGGCGAGGAGAAGCGUGGGUUUCAGAAUUUCCUUUUCAAGCGUGGUGAAUACUUCGAUACUUUUAUCAUUGCAACUGAGCAACAGUUUCGUAUCUUUGUCAAUGAAAAGCCUUUCACAACCUUUGAUUACCGCUGCGAUCUUGGACACAUCUGCCAUCUGACAGUGUCUGGGGAUGUGGAAUUGCAGGAAGUUGAAAUCAUGGACCCUCUGCCCAGUGACUUUGUCAAAGAGGUUCCAUCUGGUGUUGAGAAAGAUGACCUGAUUGUUGUAAAAGGUUUCUUUUAUCCUGAGGGACAGAGGUUUGCUAUCAACUUGCUGAAUGGAACUUCACCUGACGAUGAUAUUGCACUGCACAUAAAUCCAAGACGUGAUCAAGGGGAAAUAGUGUUCAACUCCAGAGAAGGUGGCAGCUGGGAAAAAGAAAAAAGGAAAAAACUUCCCUCAGCGAUGGAGGAGAAGGCGCCCUUCACCCUUGAAAUCCUGGCCAAGUCUGAUAAGUUUAAGGUAUUUGCCAAUGAUAAGAAGAUCAUCAAAUUCAAGGCACGUGACAACAUUGAAUCUAUCAAAGGCAUCAGCGUCCGUGGAGAAGCAUACAUUUAUGAAAUCAAACUGCUAAGGAGACUGGAAAACCCCUUUGUGGAUCGUCUACCUUGUGUCUUGGAGUCUGGAAGCUGGAUAGUCAUUCAUGGUGCACCACAGGAUGACAGCAAAGGAUUUGCUAUCAACCUGCAGUGUGGCAAAGAUCAGUCAAGUGACAUUGCAUUCCACUUCAACCCUCGAUUUCCAGAAGAAGAGGUCGUGCGUAAUACAAGGGAAGGUGGUAGCUGGGGCGGGGAGGAGAGAGACCAGCCAAACUUUCCUUUCAAGCCUGAGGACCGUUUCACCUUGGCCCUAGCAGUUCUGGAUGACAGAAUCAGGGUUUUUGCAAACAAUCAGCGCUUUGCUGAUUACAAGUUCCGCAUAAAUCCAGACCGCAUAUGCCACAUCAUGUUGGGAGGAGACUGUGACUUCUUUGAGCCAGAGUUCUAUUGAGGAGACAGAACAGAGAAACAACUACAAAUGACGCCAUUACACUUCUACAAGUAUUUUAAAUGUCCAUACUGGAACAAUACCACCAUGAACUAAAUGCUGCAGUCCCAUAUAAAUGAUAUUUGAGCUUUAUAUUAUCAAGCCUUCAGUAAGCUUUCAAAUUAUGUUUACGUGGUCUACAAUAUAAACACGUUUGUUUUAGAUGGACUUUCUCUCCUGGAGCAACCUUUUAUAUCCGCAACUGUAUACAAGCAGUGAAGAAUUGAAUGACAUAACAUGCCAAGCCAUAUAUAAUGCACUGGACUUUUAAAACUCGAGCAAGUCAGUGUUAUAAAGCAAGCGUUAAAGUGCACUUCUAAAUGACACUUCUAUGUCUUUAGCUGUCUGAUAUUUUUUGGUGCAGUUUAUGAAUGUGGUGACAUCAGUGUAAUCUUGCAUGAUACACAAUAAAGAAUUCAUUUAAAUGUCUGGUAGGCAACCCAAUUUAUCUGCCACUUUUUACCCUUGAUUGAAGGCUGUGUACUUUUGUGCUUUACAUGCAGAAUUAUUGUAUCUAAAGUGUUUCUGCGAUGUGUUGAUGCCAAAGAAAUGAUUUAUGUUAAAUAAAGACUUUAAACAUAA